AUGUCGAAGGCACACGAUGAUGGUGGCGGUGGGGGUAUCUUUGCGGCUGGAAGUGGCAGUGGCGUCAUCGGUGGGGGACCACACUCCACCAAAUAUAAUAGAGACAACUACAACACCUUCCUCACGACGGAUCAGAGCAUUCAGUCGCUCAUGCGCACAUCCGACAACAUCGAGCGUACGCGACGCACUGUCGAGGAGUCGGAAGAAGUGGCCAAAAACGUUCUCGUUGACCUGGAGUUGCAGCACUCCCAGCUCCACGAGAUGAAGGGGAUGGUGUCAGAAACGUCGGGCAUGACGAGCCAAGUGCGCCGCCUCUUACAGAUGAUAGCCACUCGAUCGCAGCGGAAGAAAGCGUGUCUUUAUAUGGUCAUCGUGGCACUGGCAAUCACCGAUUUCCUGGUUUUCUACAUUUUGUUUGUGCGUUGA